UCUCCAGCAGAGGGCUCUAGGGGAGGCGAUGUUAGGGGCUCUUUUGGCUUCUGUCCUUUGGUAGGGCAGGAGUUAAGGGAGUUGCAACAUCUUUCUGGGCUGAGUCACCUCUCACUGCUCUCCUCAGUUGAAGGUUUAUAAAGAGGACCAGAGGCUGACAGAGAAGACCUGGAGGUAGUAGUCUCCUGCCUAGCCCCCGCUCCUCCAGGCUCCCAGAAGUCUCAGGUCAGAGGGCCCAGGCAGCCUCUGGAGCUCUUGUCUGCUGGCGCCAUGGACUGGCAACAGUUGUGGCUGAGCUUUCUACUUGCCCUGACAGUCUCAGGCCGGGCUCUGGGGCCAACAGAGAAGGAGGCAGUCUUGGAUUAUCUGUUGCAGUAUGGAUAUCUACAGAAACCUCUAGAAGGAGCUGAUGACUUCAGUCUAGACGAUAUCACAGAGGCCCUAAGAGCUUUCCAAGAAGCAUCCAACCUGCCAGUUUCAGGCCGGAUGGAUGAUGGCACAAGAGCCCGUAUGAAGCAGCCCCGCUGCGGUCUGGAGGAUCCCUUCAACCAGAAGACCCUUAAAUACCUGCUUCUCGGUCGCUGGAGAAAGAAGCACUUAACAUUCCGCAUCUUGAACCUGCCUUCCACACUCUCACCCUCCAGAGCCCGGGCAGCCCUGCAUCAAGCCUUUAUGUACUGGAGCAACGUGGCCCCCCUGACCUUCCGGGAGGUGAAGGCUGGUUCGGCGGAUAUCCGCCUCUCCUUCCAUGGCCGCCAGAGCCCAUACUGCUCCAACACCUUUGAUGGGCCUGGAAAGGUCCUGGCCCAUGCCGACAUCCCAGAACUUGGCAGUGUACACUUCGACAAAGAUGAAUUCUGGACUGAGGGGACCUACCAAGGAGUGAACCUGCGCAUCAUCGCAGCCCAUGAAGUGGGUCAUGCCUUGGGCCUUGGGCACUCCCGAUACACCCAGGCACUCAUGGCUCCCGUCUAUGCUGGCUACCAGCCCUACUUCAGGCUGCACCCAGAUGAUGUGGCAGGGAUCCAGGCUCUCUAUGGCAAGAAGAGUCCAGAGACAGAGGAUGAGAAGGAAGAGAUCGAGAUUUCCACUGUGUCACCAGUGACCACAAAACCCAGUCCCAUGCCAACCCCCUGCAGCACUGAACUGGAUGCCACGAUGCUGGGACCUCGCGGGAAGACCUAUGCUUUCAAGGGGGACUACGUGUGGACUGUAACAGAUUCAGGGCCAGGCCCCUUGUUCCGCGUGUCUGCUCUUUGGGAGGGGCUCCCUGGAAACUUAGAUGCUGCUGUCUACUCUCCUAGAACAGGAUGGAUUCAUUUCUUCAAGGGAAACAAGGUGUGGCGAUAUGUGGGUUUCAAGAUGUCUCCUGGCUUUCCCAUGAAAUUCAACAGGGUAGAACCCAACCUGGAUGCAGCACUCUAUUGGCCUGUUAAUCAGAAGGUGUUCCUUUUUAAGGGGUCAGGAUACUGGCAAUGGGACGAGCUGACCAGAACAGACUUCAGCCGCUACCCCAAACCAAUCAAGGAAUUGUUUACUGGAGUGCCAGACCAUCCCUCGGCAGCGAUGAGCUGGCAAGAUGGCCAAGUGUACUUCUUCAAGGGCAAACAGUAUUGGCGGCUUAACCAGCAGCUUCGUGUGGCGAAGGGUUAUCCCAGAAACAUCACACACUGGAUGCACUGCAAUCCUCAGACUCCGGACACAAGCUCGUUAACUGGGGAUAUUCCUCCCUCAACCACAGACACAAUCUUGGAUACCAGUCCUUCAACCACGGACUCAAUCUUGGACAUGAUUCCCUCAGCUUCGGACUCUGUCACGCUUUCAUCCCCCGCUAACGUCACCCUGCAAGGGGCCUAGGACUAAUCAGUGUCUGCUCAUUAGGACGGUGUGGAUGUUACAGCAUUGGCCUGGGCUAUAGGCCUCAUGGUCCAAAUGUUCUAAUUCUGGAUACCACUUUCUUGUGCUCCUAGAAGGUGCCCCUGAAUUCCGAGUCAGUCCCCAGUUCCCAUUUCUCCUUGUCACAUAGCUCUUUCAAGUGUGUCAUCUAUUCUUUAGUGGAAGGACAUUGUCAAUCAGGUAUUUUUUUUUUCUUUCACUGUUUUUGGACAAGGUCUCUCUCUAUCUAACACUGGCUAUGGCCACUCUGUGUAGACCAGACUGGCCUUGAACUCACAGAGUCACCUGCCUCUGCCUCCUGAGUGCUGUGAUUAAAGGCGUGUGCCACCAUGCCUGGCCAGUGUUUUUUUUUUUUUUGUCUUCUUUUAAAAUUUGUUUUGUUUUGUGUGCACUGGUGUUUUACCUACAUGUAUUUCUGUGUGAAGGUGUCAGAUCCUCUGGAACUGGGGUUACAGACAGUUGUGAACUGCCAUGUGGGUGCUGGGAAGUGAACCCCAGUCCUCUGGAAGAGCAGUCAGUGCUCUUAACCACUGAGCCAUCUCUCCAGAUUUAAGGCACGUGCUGCCAUACCUGGCUUAGUUGGGUCUUUAGCUGACAGGAGGCAACAGCUGAUCUACUGGACACCUGGCUUCCAUUCUGCCAAAGUCAAGUGCAAGAAACGGCACAGUCAGUAAACUGAGCAAGGGCUCUGGGGUCCUUGAGCCACCUGUGACUUUCUGCAAGUUAAUUAACCUUGGGAGGCUGGGCGGUGGCGGCGCAUGUCUUUAUUUUGUUAUUUAUUUAUUUUUUAAAUUUGACCAGGCACAUGCCUUUAAUCUUAGCACUUGGGAGGCAGAGGCAGGCAGAUCUCUGAGUUCGAGGCCAGCCUGGUCUACAAGAGCUAGUUCCAAGACAGGAACUACCUUGCAGAAAAACCUUGUCUCGAAAGAAACAAACAAAAAAAACCUUGGAUUCUCUAUUAACAAAAUAAGGUCAAUCUCAAUGUUAUAGGGUUGUUAUGUUAGAUGAAAUGUUACAUGUGAAAUGUUAUAUGUCAGACUGAUGAAGUCUGACACAUUUGUAUUUAAUAAAGGCUAACUUUGUGUUCCUGAGAGCUGAGCUGUCUGGGUACAUAUGUGUAUCAUGUGUAUAUGUACAUCAUAUACAUAGUGUAACAGAUGAUAAAGGUGCCACAGCAGAUCUUUAGGGACAGCCUGAUCACCUUUGCUUUGCCGUGUAAAGAAAGUAAAAAGCUACGGGAGAGGUCCAGCUCCCCAGUUGAAUUUUCAAAGCCAUUUUAUUCCCAUGUUCCCUUGUUCUUCCCCCCUCUCAUUACAGAUUUGCUGCUGGGGGAGGGAUGUGUCUUCCUUCAUACUGUCUGGAAAACCAGGAAAGACCUUGCUCAGGCGAGUCAGAGGAGGGAGCGUUAGGAUGGGUUAGUGGAGGCAGAAGGCACUUGACUACUGUGCAGCCCUGAAGCCCAGAUUUCUCUGAGCAAAAAGGCAAGAAUUAGGCAUGCGAGCCAAUGCUCUCUUCUUAGAGAAGGAGCCAGCUCUUGGAGAGGAGAGCUGAGGCAGAUUCUGUGGUCUCCCCUCAUUGAAGAGAGAGGAGAAAGCACCGUGGAGAAUUGCAUUCCCCUGAGGUAGAGGGGACUCAAGACUAUGGGGUCCACUGAGAAAGGCCAACCGGAAGUUCAGGUACCCCUAAGGAACCCGGGAGCUGGGGGAUCUUAGAGUACUUCUGUGCCAUUUUCCCUACUAAAAAAAAUGUGACAUGCCUCAGGGGCUCCUCAGUUUUCUACCGGUCCUACAACAGAGCCCUGUAUUUUACCACAGUAAGGCACACCAGGACGUUUAAAUGAAUAUUUGGGAAUGGUUGCAGUUCAGUGGUAGAACGCUCGUCUACUCUGAACAACACUCUAGGUUCUGUCUCAGCACUAUAGGAAUUUUUUUUUUUUUUUUU